UGGUAGCGCACGUGUGGCAUAGUUAGUGUAAAAUAUUAUUUAGUCGAUACCGAUAAAAAUACAUAACUAAAAAUGUGAUAUUGUUUUUUUUCCAUGUAGUUCAAGGUAGAUAGUUUUUAAAAAUUUGUUUUCUAUUUAUCAAUAUGUAUAAUAACUAGUGAUAAUACAGUUUAUCGUUUUUGUUAUCAAUAACCUGUAACCAUGACUGUAAGUACGAUUUCUCAUAAUAUAUUAUAUAGUUGCACAUAACUACUGCUCUUAAAUUAUACCAAAGUGUGGCACUAAAAUUAUAGGUAGUUGCAAAGUUAAUAAAAACGAGGCACUUUAUAAUAAUUUUAUAAUUAUGUACUUUUUUUUGUAUCAGUAACUUGUAUAGUGUUUUUUAUGUUGAUUUAUCAGUAACUUAGCGAAUUACAUUUUCUUAUCAAUCUUAAGUUACUAUCGGAUCAACUCAAAAUUUAAAAUAUUUAUAUUUUGUUUAUAAUUACUUUUAGAUUCGGAGCGUAGCAAAGAAUACGUGUUUGGUUUCAUUAUGAUGUGUACUUUUUUUUUCUGUUUGUGGUGAACUUUUCAUUUUUUUUUUUUUUUUUUUUUUGAGGUUUAGAAUUUUAGUGUAUUUUUGAGAUUUUUAAAUGCUAAAAAUAUGUCCAUAUAAUAAACUAUUAAGUGUACUUGUAUAUUAUAUUAUCGGAUAAUAGGAAUGUCAAAACCCUGCAACUUACGAUAGUGGCUCGUUUUAUUAUAACUUCGUUUCAUGUACAUUUUUUAGAGAACUUUUGAGAUUUUAUGAGACAUUAUAUUUUCAGCCUUACUUAUUAUUAGUAUUGAAUUGAUUGGGAGGGGUCUUGGUUGAAUUUUGCGAAGCGGCUGAGUUCUCUGAGCCUUCUCUGUUUGCGUUCAUGAAUUAAUACCCUGCACCGCUAUAGGUACUCGCCAAAACCAGCUUCCACGACAGUUUUGUAUAAUACUUAAGGCAAUAAUAUAUAAGUACAGUUUUUAAACGUAAUCGGGUUUUAGUUGAAAUAUCUAUACAAAUGUAUUUGUGAAGACACGUGCGGUCGCAAAGUUUUUAACUUUAUUUACUCCAUGUUGUCGUUUGGCAAGUCAACGGAUACCUUAUAUGUAUAUUUAUAGGUGUAUAUGUAUACACGUGCCGUAACAGUACGAUAUACAGAUAAAGUUUUUGUUUCGUAUAGUUUUAUCUUUAUCUCUGCGGGCAAAGCGGAGGCGGACAGUGCGCAUAACAAAUCGCUCCUGUAAGUACCGACCGCACGCGGAUUAAUAUUCUUUUUUUUAAUCUCUUUUAUCGUCUAUACAUGUCAAUCGAAACGAAGUUUUUCGUACUAAUAGCUAUAUAAGCUGGCAGACUGACUUUUCGUAUAGUAGGUAAGAACGCUAUAUUUGCACCGUUGUAGGUAGACCACUGAUUUAUAGGUGUGAAGUCUUCAAUUAAGGCGGGAAAUGUAUACCUACUGAGGAAGGUGCAAUAGCGAUAGAUCACAAUUCUGAUUUUUAUAACAUAAUGAUCAGCUUUUAUAAAUUUGUAUAUUUUAUAUAGUUAGACAAAUUUAGAAAUUAAUACAAAAAUAAACAGUAAUACAUAUUAAUGCGUGAAUUUUUUUUAAACAAAUCAUUGAGAAUUUAAAGAAAAAUAUUUUAAAUUAACUACCACCAUGGCGCCGGGUAAAAAUCCGCACAUUUUUGUAAUAAAUAGGUAGUGUACGGAAUGUUUUCCUCUAAAAAAAAAGUAAACAAAAUAUAAAGAAAGUAAUUUGCUUCACCCACAAUCUGAAUCAAACAUCUUUACCUGUUCAUUAUUAAAAUUUGAGAUUCUGAGCGCACAAAGAAAUCUAUUAUGAUGGUUAUCUACUAUGAUGUGUGUUUUUUUUGUCUAAACAAUCUACUUUUCUAUCAUAAAUAUUGUUCUCAUCUUCAAGUGUAAAAUCUUUUCUGAACUUUUCUGAAAGAAUUUUUUUUUAUUGGUCUAUUUAGGUUUUUUGAUAUUCCUUUUUAGUUUUAUUCAAUAACUGAGAAAACCCGGGUAAAAUAUACUUCAAUACGGUUUCCAUUAUUUUCAAUUUUACUUUUUUGUUGUACUAAAAAAAAAAAAAUGCUUGACAAUUUUACUGAUAGAAAGAAUCUCGCGUGUAUAAGUAUUAUUGAAAGGUUAAAUAAAUUAUGACAGAAAUCGUAAAAAUCAUGACAUUUUAAAAUCACGUUUAAUCGAACUUCGCUUAGAAUCGUUUUUCGUUUGAAAUAAUUUACUUUUACAGUUUAUCGAUAUUAGUAAAUAACUCUAUAUAUUUCUGAUUUUCCAAUCACAAUUACAAAUACUGAAACAGUGAGGACAUCCGUCAUGGUAGUAUCAACUUUUUAUUUUUUUUGUUUAUAUAACUAGCUAUCCCGUGACCGGCAUUGUCCGUGCCUAUUUGUGUUAUUUUUUUUACCUAUAUUCAUUUUUGGUUUUGACCGUGUCAAAAUUAAAUGAAAACAUGUAGGUGGAAAGUGGGUAGUCUACUUUCGGCGGACUAAAAGUGUUCUAUUGUGUAAAGUAUAUAAGUAACCCUGAGUAAUAGUAAUAAUUACAAUUAUAAUAAUUUUCUUAUUCGUGACAACCAAAUUAUCAUCAGUAUCACCAAGUCUAGAAUAAACAAAACUAAAUAAAUAAAUAAACAAUUAGUUAUUCGUACCAAAUACGUAUAAAAUCCCUUAAUUUACCUCCUGAGAGGUUGAAUUUUCAAAAAUCCUUUCUUAGCAGAUGCCCGCGUCAUAAUAGCUAUCUGUUUGCCAAAUGUCAGCCCGAUCUUUCCAGUAGAUUGGGCUAGGCGAUGAUGAAUCAGUUAGGACAAGUUAUUAUAUAUAUAUAUAUAUAUAGAUAUAUGUAUCGAUUCAAGACUGUUAACGUUUGGAACUUGACUGGCACAUAUUAUAUUAUACUUGUAUUGCAUUAUUUUAUUUUCGCACGAAUAUAAUAUAUCAUUUAAAAAAAUUAUAAUAUUAAAAAUGUAUAGGUAAUAUUAUAAUGUAAUAUAGCCGAUUGAUUGUAUCGCAAUGGUAAACAAAAAUGGUUUAUAUCAUUUUAUUUUACAAAACUGCGGUGUACGCAAUGACUUAUUAUACCACAAAUAAUAUGACGAUUGACUAAGGCGAUUUUCCCAGUUACGGUACAAUUUAACAGUCAAUGAAUAAGUUCAAAGGAACGUGAUUAUAUUGAUUAAGAAAAAAAAAAAAAAUUAAUGGUUUCUUCGCGGAAUAAUACGGCCACGAUAAUAAUAUUAUUAUCAACCCACGCAGGUUUGAGUUAUUGAAGAUAUAAAUUGAAAUUGAAAAUUAUGAAUUACGAAUAUAACAUAUUGUAGUAGCUAUCUUGUAGACUACGCGAUUUGUUACUCGACUUAAUCGUUUGUCAUGUGCCAACGACAUAGGUAAAAAUCGAAUAGAAUUUAAUUUAAACACAUUUAGAAUAUUUAAUCGUAUGCGCAAAUUUACUGUUUUGAGUAUGAACAUAUUCAUCUAAUUAGAACAAUAUCGCCUAAGCUUGUUAAAAUUACAGAGAUUAAUAUUAUAUUGUUUUCUAUAUAGUUAAUUUUUAAUUUUGUUUUUUUUUUUUUAAAUUCAACGUGAUUUAUAAUAAAUCGUUUUUCACAACGUUUGUAGGAGGCAAAUUGAAAUUAAUUAUAUUAAGUCUAUACGAAUAUAUAAUAUUAUACCUACACACAUACCUACUUAAUAAUUAUGAUUAAUGUUUUUCAAUUUUGUUUUGUUUUUCUUAUAGACAGAACGGACAAAAUCUAAAAUCGGACGAUGGGUCGACGAAACUAUGAAGUCAGUAAAUUUAAGUAUAAACCACACUCUUAUAGUGCCUACCUAUAUAUCGCAGUUCAUUAAAACAAGAAACUAGAUAUAGGUAUUUAAUUUGUUCCAAUAAAAUGUAAUCAUUCACUCUUUUUAAUAUAGUAGUAUGUAUACAUUCGUUUUAAGUACCUCAUUCUGUAAUAAAAAUAUCCUCUCGAAUUUACAAUUAGUUUAACACUCGGGAAAUUAUACUUUUAACUUUUAACCUCAAAAAAUAAGUUGAAAUUUAUUGAAAUAUAAUAUAAUAUUUUGAAAUUAAUUUCUCAAACGUGUCCUCUAAGCAAUAUUACAUUAAUACAUAAAGACCGAAAAACAAAAACGUAUAUAUAUAUAUAUAUGAAAAGUACUAUAUAGGUAUUGUCUAUAUAUCUAUACGAGUUAUAAAAUAAAAUAUAUAUGCAUUUUAUUAUUCAAAUAAAUUUAUGUGUACCUCCUAACUAUAGUAAUAUAUAUUGAAAUAUAUUAAUUUGUUUUAGAGGAAAAUUCGAUAACUUUGUUGGCUCGCGAAAGAAGUCUAGCGCCAACACAGCAGCUGCAGCUACGGGUAGCACAAAAUCGAACAAUGGUAUGAUUAUUAUAUUUUUUAAACGAUGCGUGUAAUGUUUUUUUUUUUAUUAAAAUGUGCGCACGAUAGAAUUGCGAUCACGAUAAAAAUGUAAAAUGUCGAUAAAACAUUAUUUUUUUUUUAAACUACCUAUAAAAAAAACCUACACAAAAUGGGGAUAAUAUCUGUGCGUUAAAUGAUUUGGAAAUCGAAAUGUGUGUUAAUUGGAUAUAGGUACGCAUUAUAUAGCUGCAAUCUGAUAUGCUCAGGCAUACCCGCGUAUAUGUUAUAAUUUUUUUUAAACGGCGUAUUUUGUAUAAAUAAUAUAAAUUAAAGUAUAAUUUAUUACUGUUUUGUAAUCGACAGUUAAAUAAUUUAAAUACAUUUAUACUUGUACACCUAUAUAAUAUUAUGCAUUAAAAGUUUUACGGGUGUAGACGAUAAGGAACAUAAAAAUACAUAGUGUAGCGUUUUACUCGAACGGUAACACGCGAAUUAUUUUAGCCGGAUGGACUUGGAUUUGAAAACAUGUUUUAUUUUUGGUUUAAGGAAGAUUGGAUGUGCGCACACCGAAAUGCACAUUUCGUGAGAUGGCAACAUUUUUGGAGAUAGAAGAAAAAGUUGUACUAAAAUAGUUGCUCUGAAAAAAAAAAAUGAAAAAAAUAAGACGGUUGAAUUUCGUGUAAAAAACUUAGGCGUUUUUAUUGAAGAAAAAUAUGUUUUUUGCGUAUACGCGCACCGUAGGAGUUGAAAUUUGAAAACAGACUCGAAAUGUACAGUAUCAUAGGUAUUCGGCACCUUUUUCCAAAAAAAACCUCAAGUUACCGAUCCGGGUCUAACCGUGGCAAAAAUAUUUCACGUUCAAACGAAACGCCCUGUAUGUAUGAUAAUAAUAUUGAAUACUUGUUAUGAUCUCAUAAAAUAUAAUAUUAUACAAUACACAACUGUGUUGGCCGAUAAUAAUAAUUUGUUGGUUUUUAAAUGGUAUUUCGAUUAGAUAUUUUUCAGAUUUAUCAUUAAAACCAUUGUUGUUGAUUAUUGUAUACCUAUACAGGUAAACAGUUACAACAUUAAUAUACAAAAGUAGGUAGGUAUUAUAUUUCCGCGAUAACGAUUGGCGAAAAUAUACGUUUUAUAAAAUAAAUAGGUCAAACUUUUUUAUCGGUCGGUCGACAAUCAUCAUAGGUAUAGCGUAUAGGUACUGUUACAUAAUAUGUAGGUCACAUUGUCCGAGAUUGGACCGUUUCUUCAUCCUAUACUAUAUUAUACAUCUCGAUUUAAAAUAUCGAAUAAAUAUAGUAUACAUGUAAAUGCGUUCAAAUCGGGGAUCCGUGGACAGUGGCGUACCCGGGGGCGGAUGCUUAGUGGGCAUUAGCCCCACGUUCAGCAACGACGAAAACUCAUUUGCACUAUUCACUUAACUAUAAGUACAAAUAAUGAUAAUUCGAUUAAAAAGUUGUGUAUAAUAUAAUUUGCAAAAAAAAAACCUCAAGAAAAUGGCUAAUAAAUUACUUGUGUGUGAAAAAUCGUUUCAGAAAUACCUACGCUGCCGGACGCCGACGACAAUAUCGACGCGGACUUGUUGAAUUCUGUAAAACCCGCAGAGCUGAAUUCCAGAACGUAUGUAAAAAUCAAGCAUAGCAUUACUAUUAUAAUAUUUUUAAGUUCGCAUUUUGAUGUUGGCUCAAAUAUUGGCCAUAAUCUCCCCCGACAUUUUGUUGAGAUUCCUAUCCUCCCGUCACGAAAAGACUACUGAUAACUUACAAAUAAUCUAAGUUUAAAGAGAAACUGUUUUUUGCCCAUAAAUAUUGUACUCUAUUAAUUUAAAAAAAAACUAUUUGCACCUAUACGAGCUAUUAUAAUAUAAUGGAGACGACUAUUAGUAUUUACUAAACAAUACUCGCAACUGAUCAAGAUUUUUAUAUUGUUUUUCAGGAUAGAAUCGGUUUGCGCGGAUGAAACGACGAGACCGCCGAUCACUUUGGCCGCAGACAUCGAUCUCAGUAUGUUAUUCAGCAAUAUGACGCGAAAACAACAUUUGGAAGACGUGAGUAGAAAUUAGAAUAUUAUGAGGAACAUUUAAGUAUAACUGCGUAAGCUACCAAAUAAAUAUUAUUAUUCUGUAGAAGUAACAGAAAACUAAUAUACCAAAAUGUCCAUGUUAAUUUUACACCAAAAUAACAAUAGUAAAAAAAAAAAGUAUUGGAAAAAAUUUAACGAUUUUUUUAUACAUUACACAUGUAAAAACCGUUGAAUUAAUUUUUAAUUGGGAAAAUAAACAGUAUUAAAAAAAAACCUUAUUAAAAAGUUGUGUGAUGUUUAGUGCAGUUAUUCAUCAUAAUUUUAUUUUUAAACGAUAUAAUCUUUUUUGUGCGAGAUUCUGGAAAUUGAAAAUUUGUUAUGAAUGGUACAUAAUAUUAUGAAAUCAUGAAAGAAAAUCAAAAAAAAAAAAAACUUUUGUUUCAUAAUUAUACAUUAUAUAGUUAGUUACAUAAUUAUAUAGUUAUACAAUAUUUAAUUUAUAAUUUAAAAACGUUAUCUUCUGUUUAUGAUUAGAAAUCUUAAUAAAAAUUAUGCAGCUGAUUAUUGUUCAAAGUAGUAAUAAAAUGAUGCGAUUAUUAUUAUUAUAUCAGACAAUUCAAAAAGCAUAUCAGACAAUUUCAGUAUCCCUAUUAAGCGAACGUAAUUAUUAUUAUACUCACUUUUACGACCUUUUUAAUUUUAAUAUUUGUUGGUUUUUUUUCUUAACGAUAUCUAUGUAAAGUUAUAACAAAGAAACGUAAAAUGUUAUUAGGGAUCAAUAGUUUUUAAAAUUGUUUUUAUUUUUGAAAUAGGUAAUAUUAUUAUAAUUAGGGCUGAGAUUUCAAUGCACUUUACAUUUUUUUUUCCAAAGCUUUUAUUGCGGUGCGAUGCUCGCUUUGUUAUAAAUUCACUUAAUGUAUUUUUAAAUGAGAAUCAGAAAUUAGAUCUUGCGGUUUUCGAAAAUGUUUGAUUUUUAAUUAAUUUUAUUAAAGCUUUUUUUAGGUUUGUGGAUUAAUUUUUGGGUUUUUAUGGAGCACUAUACAUUCCUAACUCUAAUUAUAACGUGCAAUGUCAUUAAUAGUAUUAGAUUUUGAUUGUAGCAAAUAAGCUAUUACAGUUUAAUUAUAAGAUUCGGAUUUCUUGUCCGGUGGUAAAGUAACACCGGUUUUGAAAAAAAAUUUAUAAAUUCACGAAAGUUUUUUUAAAAAACUAUUAAAACUAACUAAUGACUUGACAAACGAAAAUAUUACGAUUUUAUUGUCAUUAAUUUCUGAGGAUAUUUUUCCAUAUCAUAACAAUGGAAAAUAACAGGAAUUUAUUAUUACCCUACCUAUCACCGAGCUCUUUUCAGAAUCGUUUUUUACUGCGAUUUAUUAUGGGUUCCGGUAUAUAAACUGAUUAAUAUAUCCAAUAUAUAAAUUUUCUAUUUCAAAAAGUGGUGCGAAAUAUUCUGGCUAAAUUGUUAUAUUAAUUUUAUUUUUCGAGAGGUUUUUAUGUCGAUAAAUAGUCGAAGUCAAUAUAUUUUUGUAUUGUAAUAUACCUGCAACGGUGUGUAUAGUACGUUGAUCCGGGAGCAAUGCAAUCGUAUAUUUGUGUCUCAGAAGUUCAAAGAAGCCCUAGCAGUCGUUUUGUCAUUUUCAUUCGAGUGAACUUAAUAAUUUGUUUCACAAGUACAGGUGAAUUGUAGAUAUAUACCUACAAUUUGCUUAUUUAAAAAUUGAAUAAAUAAUUCUAAAAAUUUAUUAUUUUAGAAAAAAACACGGGUUUUCAUUUAUGUCAAUUUUUUUCUCGAAAAUAUAGAUUAUUGCAUUAUAUUAUGUUGGUUACAUAAUAUAUAUAUAUAUAUACAAAUCCUAUUGAAAAAAAAUUUAAAACUGAACAGUAACGAAGAUAUAAAAAUCUGUGGACCACAAGUGGGUCACUCUUUAAUCUUUGCGUAUACAUUUUUCCCGCUGUUUUUGGAGAUUUUUAGUGGCUCUAUCUCGACCAAAUGAGUUCAAACUUAGAAAUCAGGGUUUUUAUCUGUGAAUUAAAAUUAAAAAAAUAUUAGUUAGGUUUCAAUAUAAAUUUCACUAUAUUUUUGCGAGAGGAAAGUGUUUUUAUAGCUUUGUAAAGCUUUAUAUCCCUCCUCCUUCAAUGAAGCCAAUUUUCAACUCCACCCCCCAAUUAUUUUUAAUGCUCAAAUUGCAUGUUUUCAUAGGAAAUAUUCCAACAGACUUCUUAAAAUAAGUAACGGAAAUUAAAUGAAUGUAUAUAAAUAGAAUUGUAAUUGAGGAUGUGUCUUUGGUAGGAUUCAUCUUCCUACCUCACCCUUGUUAUGUUUGUGUAUUAGCAAAAAUCUCGAGAUUUAUUUUACCUAUUUUGAAGCAAAUUUAUUUCGAUCCCUUAUUAUUAAUAUAACGGAAAGUUAUAGGAUACUUUUUACACCAGUAAGUGGGGGGGAGGGAAAAGGUCACUGUAAUAGGGCAGGAGAAUGGGAUGGACGUAGUAAAUGGGUGUUUAUUGAAUUUAAAUCAUAAAUAAAUACACAUUUAUUUUAAUACCAUAUAUAUGGUAUAUUAUGAACACCCGUGAUUAAUUCAUAACUAUUUUAGAUCGACAAUAUAAAAAAAAAAAAUGAUAAUGGGGACUGAUGUAGGUAGGAAGUUGGAAAGGUAGGAUAUAGACGGGAAUUUAAUGUAUAUCACCUGUUAAUGAUAAACCAUUGCUUACGAAAAAACGAUUCUGAGCGGAGUUAAAUUGAUAAUGAUGCUUUGUCAACAAAAUAUAUGUCAUUUUGUAGUAAAAUAAUUAAAUAGGCUUUAUUUAUUUUCUACAAUAAAAUUAGUUUAAUGUUGCACCGAUUUUUCUAGUUUUCCUACGUUUUUACCUCACCGGUUUUCAACAUUUGCUGAGAAAACUCUUGGGAAAAUCGAAAAAUUACCACCUUUUCGUACCUCCCUACGUCGAUUUACUUUCAGAAAAGUUGCUACCCGUAGAAAUCUGAGCAAGUCUGGUAGAAAAAUUGGACACAGAUAAAAAAAAAUUAACAUCUUUGUAAAACUACAAAAUUCUUCGCUCCACUCAGAAUCUAAAAUAUGAAAUAUUGUAACGGAAACAAGUUUUCCGGAGAAAAUUAUACUCUAGUGACGGAUCUCUGCUGCUUGCGAGUGUUUUGGUUCCAUAAUCGUCAAAACAGUACCUAUAACCUGUUUAAAACCCUCGAAAUCUAUAAUUCGAAGACUGCCAGUUUUCAUUUUUUUUUUUUUGUAUUUCCAAAUAUCUAAUAUUAUAACCGACAUAUUAUAAGAAACGUAAGUUAGUUUCAUAUAUAGUAUAAUAAUAUUGUAAAAACGCAUUUCACUUCGUUAUUAUUUUUUUGAAGGGUGUCCUCUAGAGUGUUUGUUUGUAUCGAGACCGAAGUAUACGAGAGUAUAAUAUUGUAUCCCAUAAUAUUACACCAUUGAAUGUAAACCUGAGAAAAUUCGAUUAUGUUUUUUGUCUUUGUAUAUCUAUGUAAUAAUGUUGUGUAUAAACGCGCAUAUAUACCUACCACUGUCCUGCGGUUUUCCUUUCGGUAUAUUUUAAAAAUAAUAUUUACAAUAAAACGUCGAUAAUAUUAUCAUAUAGCAAUAUUAUGAAAGUUAUCCACUUUCAUAUAUUAUUAUAAUGUACGAAUAUAAAUAUUUUAUGUACGGAAUGUAAAACGAAAAUAACUAUAAUUCGGUUUAUAUUAUUAAAUAUUAAUCAAAGAAUCGAACUCCCGUUUCCACUUUGCAAAACUUUUUUCGGCAAAUCUUUCGAAUUAAUAUAUCGUAUUAGUAAAGUUUUGCCUCGCGCACUUUUCAAAUGCUCCCCUUCAAUAUACUCCCCUUCCCUUUGCCACACGACGUUUCAUUCGUUUCUUCCAUUGCUCGAGGCAGUGCUGGAAGUCUGUUUUCGUAAGACCAUUCUGGAGUUCCGCCGAUUUUUGUUUCACCUCUUCCAUCGACUCAAACCGGAUUCCUUUUAAGGCAGACUUUAUCUUCGGAAACAAGUAAAAGUCGCAGGGUGCCAAGUCGGGUGAGUAAGACGCGUGUUCGAGUACUGGAGUGCCUUAAGCGGCCAAAUAACGCUUCACGCUUUAUCCUGGUGCAAGAUCCACGACUUGUUUUUCCACAAUAUCGACCGUUUCUUACGAACUCAUUCGCGCAAUGUUGCCAAAACUGUCAAAUAGUAAUGUUGGUUCACAGUUUGACCCUCUGGAACCCAUUCAGUCAUCACGAUGCCGUUGAUAUCGAAGAAAACGGUUUUGAAUUUGGAUUACGACUGAAUUGGAUUCUGGUGCACUCUCGAUCUUCAGAAAAUAAUUUAUGCCACUCAAAAACACGCGCCCGAGAUAGGAAAUCCUCACUAUAGGCCUCUUUUAACAACUUAUAGCACUCAGUUGGAGUUUUUUUUAGUUUAACGAGAAAAUUUUACGUUUAUCCGUUGCUCAUGUUUUUUGUCAUACAUGGUUUUCGGCACGAGAAAAAAACACGUUCGUUUCAAACCACUACUGCAUAAAUACUAUAAUAGUGACGAAAACGUGUUUUGGUACGUGCAUAGAUAAGAUAUCUAGAUACCCAACGCAUUCCUCGUUUUUUUCACUACCCAUUUAGGACGUUCUCUAGGCGAGCAGUCUCGUUAUUUAAUAGCCACACCUCGUAUGCAUUACCGAACUGCGCUCGGAAUCAUGUUAGGUCAGCAAUGGUUUAUUGUUGUUUACUAUAUAAAUGAAAUAACCUUAUGUACCCUACCUUCCCAAUUUCUCACCUACAACAGUGGUCGCUCCCUUCCCCAGUAUCAGCUCUUUUUUAUUUUAGAUUUAGGGAGCGACGAAGAAGCUCUAUUAGUUUUAUUGUUUUUCACAAUUCUUGGUUAUUUUACCGUGGGAAAAGUACCAAAUUGUGAAUUUUGAAUAUUAUGAUGCUAUAUAAGAUGCAAUAGAUACGUACAAUAGAUUUUAUUUUCGGCGAAAAUUCGAUAAAAACUAAAAAUGCUAACCUAGCAAAAUACAUAUCUAUACCUUUAUGUAUAUAUUUUAUAAUAUUUUACCCUAUGUUUUUUAAUUCAUCUGCGUUGGUACUGGUGUCACGUUCACGAGUAAGUUGUUGAGAUGUGGUGGUCUAGAUGUGAUUCUUAUCUAUGAUAUCACCGCUGAUAUUAUCACAAACGAAUUAAGAAUCUUUUCAUCGUUUACAAUGAUUUAACUAAACUGCCUUGUAUAAUACAGUUUAUAUCUUACAUUCCCAACGACUCAACUAUACAAUUGCAAUGGCAUGCCCAUCAUCAUUAUUGAUGGAAAUAGCUUUUAUUUUUUUAAUAACCUUCAAAUUCAAAGUGGAUUAAUGUUUAUUGACUUUUCGCGAUCAACAGGUGAACGCCGACGAACGAGAUCCGAUCCGGAUGGUACAGCAGCAUCUGAAGCUGUUGAAUAUUGGCUCCGAGAGCGCAGAUGAAGACCGUCGACUGACCGAUGGAAUCUAGCCCGAAUAAAUAGACUCGCGAUACAUUAUUAUAUUAGAUAUUUUAUUUUGUACACAGUUUUUUCAUUUCUAUUAUUUGUAUUUUAUAUACUCUUCAAUAAAAGCUUGCGUUACGAAUAAUUACGAAUUUUAAUAUUCUAUACGAAUAAACUAUUCGAAAUUGGUUUUGUAAGUUAGGUUAGGUUUUAAAUAUUUCGGUUAUAAAAUGUAAUAAAUUAAUAUAUUAUAAGUUCGUUUAUAUUUUA